CGCCGCCGGUCAUUCCGAUCUAAGCAAGCCUUGCAGAAGCCGAGACUCGUUUCUACCGUUUCAAAAACCGCGCGGUGCGUUUGUUUUUCGUGAAAAUCGUGGUAGUUUUGCGAAUCCCUAGUGGACCGGUGAGAUUUGAUAUUGCAAAUCGUGAUAUGCGUCUUUCGUUCCAGUAAGUUGUGUUUGGUUUACCAUGAAGGAAAAUAAUAGUGCUAAUGGCAAGGUGCACGAGAAACACCAAUCGGAAGACGUAGAGACCGGCGAGCUAGUCAGUUCCGACGACACAGGUAAAGGAAAAACGGUCGCGACGGGGCGAAGAAGUUUAAAGACGAGACCAGUUCGAGUCUUGCUCCGUCGCUUAGCGGCCAUGUCACUUGCCCUGGCCGUUCUAGUUGGUUUGGGAGCCGUUGUUUGGUAUUUCUUAGGAUGGGUGUCCCUGGUGCAACUGAUCCUGGUAGCCGUGGUGGCCUAUAUCGCGGCUGGAAAAUAUAAGUGGCUCUACGUGGUCUUAAGAACUGCGCCGAGGGAUUUGAGGGCUCUGUACAAAUACUUAAGGCUUAUAAUUCAAGUGAAAAGUUUCCAAAGGAAAAAUUUAACGCUAGCGGACGUUUUCAGACAAAACGUUAAAAAACAUCCGAACAAACCUUGCAUCGUUUUUGAAGAUCAAGAGUGGACAUUUGGUCAAGUAGAGGAAUACAGCAAUAAAAUAGCGAACUUGUUCAAAAGCCAUGGCUAUAAAAAAGGCGACAGAGUGGCCUUAUUCUUAGAGAACAAGCCUGAAUUUAUCUGCAUAUGGCUGGGCUUAUCCAAACUAGGUGUCAUCACCCCUUUAAUAAACACCAACCAAAGACUGAAUUCACUAGUACAUUCCAUAAACAUUGGCAAAAGUCAGGCAGUUAUAUUCGGCAUCGAAUUAGCAGACGCUGUGAAGGAAGUCUUGGAUAAAAUCGAAUCUAAAGUAGCUCUUUAUCAAAUAAGUUGUAAUAAUAAUGUGGGGAUAGCGGAUCAAAAGUUCCACAACUUAGACGUGUUGCUUAAGGAUGUCCCCGAUGCUCCUCCUCAGAUUGCGGACAAAUUGGGGCACCAUGACUGUAUUGUGUAUAUUUAUACCUCUGGGACAACUGGAUUGCCAAAAGCUGCUGUUAUUAGCACGUCGAGGUACAUUUUCAUUGCAAGCGCGAUUCAUUGGAUGUGCGGGUUCACGUCGAACGAUCGCUUUUACACCCCGCUUCCACUUUAUCACACUGCUGGCGGUUGCAUGACCGUGGGCCAGAUGCUUAUAUACGGGGCGACGAUAGUCAUCCGAAGGAAGUUCUCAGCAUCUGGAUUUUUCGCGGACUGUAGGAAAUAUAAUUGCACGAUCGCACAAUAUAUCGGAGAGAUGUGCAGGUAUAUACUUGCGGUACCACCCACGGAUUCGGACGCGGAUCACAAACUGAGGAUGAUAUUUGGAAAUGGCCUGCGACCCCAGAUAUGGACGGAGUUUGUCGAUAGGUUCAAAAUACCGAGAGUAGGAGAAUUUUACGGCGCAACUGAAGGCAAUGCCAAUAUAGUUAAUGUCGACAACACGGUGGGAUCCAUAGGAUUCAUAUCGAGAAUCAUCCCGUCAGUAUACCCGAUAUCGAUAAUAAAGGUGGACCCAAACACCGGGGAACCAGUGAGAGACGCCCGGGGCCUUUGCAUGACUUGCGAACCGAACGAACCAGGUGUGUUCAUUGGAAAAAUCAUCCCCAACAAUCCUUCCCGGGCGUUCCUGGGUUACGUCGACAAAGAAGCGUCCCAGAAGAAAAUCGUCCGCGACGUAUUCACGCACGGUGACAGCGCUUUCUUGUCGGGAGACAUUCUGGUGGCCGACGAAUUGGGAAACCUGUUCUUCAAAGACAGGACAGGCGACACUUUCAGAUGGAAGGGGGAGAACGUGUCGACGUCAGAGGUAGAGGCGGUCAUGAGCAAUUUGGUGGAUUACAAGGACGUCGUUGUGUACGGGGUUGAAAUAAGGGGGCAGGAGGGUCGAGCGGGUAUGGCGGCCGUUUUUGACCCUGAGGAAGCCGUCGAUCUAAACAAACUAGUAGGUGGUGUUAAGAAGACCCUGCCGUCAUACGCUAGACCAAUUUUCGUUAGGAUUCUAAGUAAAAUAGAUUUAACGGGGACAUAUAAAUUAAAGAAGAACGAUCUGCAGAAAGAAGGGUUCGACCCGUCGAAGGUUAGUGAUAACGUUUAUUAUUUAGAGAGUUCUACGGGUACUUAUGAGAAAGUGACACCGGAAAUUUACGGUAAGAUCAACGAUGGGAGCAUAAGGGUAUAGUGGUAGUUAAUUCAAGGGACAAUUUUUACUUUUGUGUGCACUGUGAUUAUUCUCGAAUCGACUGAAACGGAAUCUGAAGAACACAUCUAAUAUUUGUACACUACAAAUGAUAUUAGGAGUACAUAUUUUUUAUAUAUGACUUUUUUAGAUAUAUUUAACUUUUUCUUUAUUACUACAUGGUUGUGUUUCAUUGAUUAUGUAUUGUUAUCAAUAAAAGUAUUUAUAUGUUG